UCAAUAUGAAUUGUACCAUAUAAUAGAAAAAAAUAUAAUCAUAUCGAUAAUCCAUAGACGUUCGUUACAUUAUAGAGCGAAGUCACGUAAGAAGAUGACGUAAACGUGAAAGCGAUUCGCUGUAAAGAUGUAGGUCAUGCGUUUUCUGCGUAGAAGAAUCGACCAAUCCGAAGGCACGAGAAUCAAUCCCCAAAAAGAAGAAGAAAAAAAAAAAACAUCGUCGUAGCUCGAUGGUUGUUCCUCCCGCGCCGAUUCAAGCGCACGUAAGUGUGUAUUUACCCGUCUUUUGACGUAUUUUCAAUGUUCAAUUUUCAAUAUCGUAUCUGAAGAGAGACUGGGCCCUUUCUCCUCAUUCAGGUGGAUCCGUGGAAUAAGGUUCGUCAAUGAGAACGCAAGAGAGAUCCGAAUGUCCUGGACCCAGAUUCAAAGAAUGGGAAGAGGCGUAAUGACAUCGUGUACUUUGAUUAAACGCUCGAUGUCGAGAAAAUUACCUGCAAGUCUUCUAAUCGAAACUAUUAGGAAUAGGAAUUGGGAAAAUCUCGAUCGAGAUAUCGCUGAACGAGCCAAAAUCGUAGACACUAUUUUAAAAUACACGGAAAUCACUAACGAUCACAUGACACCUGAUUUAAAGCUUUUUCUUCUAACACCAAGAUGUUCUCUCUAUCACGAUCCAUUUGAUAGAGUAAAAAAGGAAUUCGACCAAGUGGAAAAACAAACUUUUACGAAUCCAUUUUGGUCUAUAUACUGGCCGGGUGGACAGGGCCUAGUUAAGUUCAUAUUCCAAGAACAAAGAAAUAUAUUCAUACGUUCUAAGGAUAUUAACGUUUUGGAUCUUGGAAGUGGUUGCGGUGCUACGGCUAUAGCAACGAAACUCCUUGGUAUUCGUAAUGUUGUGGCAAAUGACAUUGAUAAAGAUUUCGUCUACAUUCGAAAGAUUCUUGGAUCGACCGGUUGCGCACCACAUUAUUGGGCUUUCCCCCAUUUAACGAGAGGCCAGAAGACGGAGUCUCGUGCGUCAGUGAAAGCGUCAGCUGGUCCAUUCCCGGUAUUGCGAAUCUUUAUGCAUACCAAACUCGAAAUAACUGCAUUUUCUACCUCUUACACGCUGAAUUGUUAUUUACUUGCCUGUAUAGCCACCCUCAUGAAUGCUACAUUAAACGACGUGGAUGUUCAAGUAUCGUGGAAAAAUCUAUUGAAUGAACCACUUAAAGAGACAUACGACGUUAUUUUUAUCGGAGAUCUACUUUACGAAGAAGAAUUGGCCGAAACUUUAAUUCCGUGGUUAUUGGAUGCAUCCAAGAAAGGAACACGAAUAUUUCUUGGCGAUCCUGGAAGGCACGGCCUUACAAGUAACUUAAAGAAAUAUCUUAAACUUUUAUGCCGAUAUAAAUUGCCGGAAAACACACGGAAGGAAAAUAAUGGUUAUCAUGAAGUUUGCGUGUGGCAAUUCGUUAACUAGUUCCUUAAAUAGUAAAUAAUUACAUAAGAGUAUGUUUAACUUUAAACUUACCUGUUUUGCAAGAAAAGAUUCCAAACUUCCAUGCUGAGCUAUCGAUCCUGUGCGAAGAGAAGUAAUGUUCGAUAGUUUUAUUCUGCACUCGUAUCUCGAUCGAUCUGAAAAUAUAUGUAACAAAAGUGUGUGCAUAUAAUUUCUAUUAUAUCUUACUAAAAAAAAAAAGAAAAAAAAAGAAAAAAAAAUGAAUCUGCUUACUGUUGUAUAUUUUCGUUCCAUUUUUGCAAGCACACGGUCGUUGUUCCUCUUCGUGAUAAGGACAUUGUAUUAUGCAAUGUUCACCUCUGCAUUCUACAAAUAAAUCGUUUUAUCGAAGUUAGAUGUGUAUCCAUGGGAAACAUGUUUAAAAAAAGAUAUUAAUUUACCUGUAUUCAUAGUUUCAAGAAGUUGAAUUUCACAAUUUCGUCCAACGUAGCCGGAAAGGCAAUCACAGUGUACCGCUUUCGCCCCGAGAUGUCUAUAACGUAUAUACAAGUCCUUUAAUAUGUACAAAGAUGAUUUGCAUUUUUAUAUGUAUAUACGUGUAAUAUAUACAUAUAUAUAAUAUUAUAUAUAUAUAUAUAUUUUUUUUCUUUUUUAUUCAUACUUGCAAUUGCCACCAUUUUGACAAAUAGAGUUUUGUUGCUCGUCAAAACAAAGCGGUCCUUCGUCACAUUUUUCUCCAUUAAAGCCAGAAAAACAUUCGCAUGUAAAAGUUCUGUGAUUGGAAAAACAACGACAAUGAAAUACAUAUAUAAAAUAUGUCAAUUUAUUUUGAAAAAUAUUGAAAAUAAGAUUAAGUGAACGUACGUAUAAUCUGCAGAUAAAAGACAAUUUCCAGUGAAAGAACAUUCACUAACGGAACAAGCAUUUGGAUUUGGUUCUUCCUCGGUCAUUUGGUAUGUGACGUUAAAACCAUAUACGUCCAGAAGAUCGUCCAAAACACGCACAUGGUUUCCUUCGAGUC